UUUGUGUGUUACCUUAUUUGACGACAUGACUGCGUUGACAUUGCUCCAACGAUCAGUUACGGCGGUCAGCUGCGAUGUUUACGCCCACGUUCGCGUUGCCAAUUGGCGGUUUUUGCCACAGCUUCAAAGGCGCCAAUUGCAUUUGCACGUCUGUGGGCGACAUGCUGCACUUUUGGCCAACAAAACAACAACAACAACAUCAGCAGCUGCAGCUGCACAGGCGCCAAACGCUCAUGCUAAUACCGGCGACUUUUCGAUAACGAAUCGCACCAUGUCUUCUGCUGCUCCCAAACUUGUGGCCGUUGCCGAAUCGCGUCGCUUCAUGAUCGACUGCUUCAAGGCCGUGAAGGUUCCCCAGGCUCAUGCUGAAGCCCAGGCGGAUCUUUUGGUGGCCGCCGAUCAUCGUGGACAUUUUAGUCACGGCAUGAACCGUUUGGAAAUGUACAUCAACGAUCUUGCCAUUAACUCCACGGAUGGUGGAGCUGUUCCAAAGAUCUUGAAGGAAACACCCGCCACUGCCUGGGUCGAUGGUCUGAAUGGAUUGGGUGCCGUGGUGGGCAACUACUGUAUGGAUCUGGCUAUCAAGAAGGCCAAGACUGUGGGCGUUGGCUGGGUUUGUGCCAAGGGUUCAAAUCAUUACGGCAUGGCCGGGUGGUAUGCUAUCAGGGCCAUGGAACAGGGCCUCGUUGGCAUGUCCAUGACGAACACCUCACCUCUGAUGGCCCCCACACGCGCCAAGGAGGCUGCCCUGGGUACUAACCCACUCUCCUUGGGAGCCAAUGCCACCAAUGGCGACAAGUUCCUGCUCGACAUGGCCACCACUGCCGUAGCUGUGGGAAAAAUCGAGAUCCAGCGCAGGAAGGGAGCUCCUUUGCCCGACGGUUGGGCCCAGGAUCCCAGUGGAGCUGUGACCAACGAUGCAGAACUGGGUUUCAGCACGGGAUGCCUGAUGCCGCUGGGAGGCUCUGAGCUAACCUCUGGCUACAAGGGCUUUGGACUUGGUGCCAUGGUGGACAUCCUGUCAGGUGUGAUGUCUGGAGCCAACUACUCCACGCAAGUCAGGAAGUGGACGCACGCUGGCGCAGACUCUGCCGCUAAUCUCGGCCAGGUCUUCAUCGCCGUGGAUCCCAACUGCUUUGCUCCCAACUUCGAGGAGCGAAUGACUGAUUUCAACUCUCGCCUGAGGGGCGCAACCCCGACCGAUCCCAGCAAGCCCGUUUUGUUGUCUGGAGACAAGGAGAAAAAUGGAAUGGCUGAAGUCGAUGCUGCCGGCGGUAUCCAGUAUCUGGAGAACCAGCUCAAGACCUGUGCCAACCUGGCCGAGAAACUCAACAUCAAGCCUUUGAGCUUUAUCUAAACUCGAAAGAAUUGAAGGAUCUAAGAUAGGGAGCCAAGCUCACUUAUUGCCAUAUAUACUGGAAAGGCUUCUGCAUUUCGACGGACCAAAGCACUUUGUUACUUUACACUGCAAGAAAAAAUUGAUAUUCGCAACAGUUUGAUUUGCGCUGGUGCUGAUUUAUAGUUUGUUACAUAUCCCCGUGUUGCAC